ACACACACACACACACACACACACACACACACACACACACACCAUUCAGCACUGAUCUUGUCAGUAGUAUGCUGCCAACACUCCCUGCCCUACUCUGCCUUGGGCUAUGUGUGAGCCAGAGGAUCAACACUGAGAAACAGACUCUCCCGAAACCUGUCAUCUGGGCCAAACCCAGUAACAUGGUCCCAAAAGGGAACUCGGUGAACAUCUGGUGCCAGGGGACUCAGAGGGCUUCUGAGUAUCAACUGUACUUUGAAGGAAGUUUGUUUGCCUUGGAGAGACCAAAGCCACCUAGAUCAAUGAGUAAAGUCAAGUUCUUCAUUUCACAAAUGACCUCACACUCUGCAGGGAGAUACACCUGCUUCUAUCAGAGUGGAGAGCUCUGGUCAGAGUCCAGCAACACCCUGAAUCUGGUAGUAAUCGGUCUGUAUGACACACCCAACCUCUGGGUUCAUCCAGGGACUGAAGUAACCCUCGGGGAGAAUAUCACCUUCUCCUGCCACCUAAAGACUGCAACCAGCAAAUUCUUUCUGCUCAAGGAGGGAGGAUCCAACCAUGUCCAGCACAGAUAUGGAAACACUCAGGCAGAGUUCCCCAUGGGCCCUGUAACCAGAGCCCAGCAAGGAACGUACAGGUGUUUUGGCUCUUACAAUGACUAUGCAUGGUCUUUCCCCAGUGAGCCCGUGACACUACUCAUCACAGGAGGUGUUGGGAAUACCAGCCUUCCACCCACAGCUCCUACCUCUUCUUUCGAUGACUGGGAGUAUGACGUUUCAACCAAAGAAUCAGGACUACAGAAUGACCCUACCUUCUGGGACCACACAACUCAGAAUCUCAUUCGGAUUGGUCUGGCAUGCAUCGUCCUGAUGACUCUAGUGUGGCUUUUGGCUGAAGACUGGCUCAGCAAGAGGAAGAAUCAAGAGGGCACCAACAGAUUGGCAAAUCGGGAAUGCAGGAGAAGAUGGAGAGUGCAACAUUCCCUUGAAGAGGAAAAAAGAGAUACAGUAUCUAUGGGAGAACUGAAGACAACUCCUGAAGCUGGGCCUAUGUGAGCUCUGUGCUGCACCAUGGAUGAAGAGAGAGGUCUUUUCAGGAAUGAAGAGGUAGAUUGUUUGGAAAAAGCAUCCUAAAGGACAUGGUGAGAUGAAGGCUCUAAGUUUCUACUGUAAAA